CAGCCAGGUGGGAACGAAUAAAAUGCGGCUCAUGACUUUUGACACGGCUGGACUUUUCGUUGUUGGUGGACUGGCAGCACUCGUGGCACUCAACAAACUUUGCGUGGCGAAAAAACCAAUGACCAGCAGUUGGAAGUCAACCACAUAUGCCAGGGGACCAAAAUUGUUUCUCACGUUUCUCAUUGGCUUCUGUCUGGGGAUUGUGGUACCGAGUUUGAGUUUUGUUUCUCUCCAGACUGGCAAUGUAAUACCAUUGGUGAAGAAAAGUGAACAGCAGGAUGCUCUGGCAAAACUGAAAAACUGGUUGCAACUCAAUUCAUCAUUUGCAGUCGACUUAUUAAAAGAAACUAGGGAGGUAGAAGCACGCAGGACGGCGGAGAAAACGCGCAUCUUCUGUCUGGUGAUGGACGACUUUUACCAUCCCGACAGGGUAAACGCGUCUAGAGAUACUUGGGGCCGCCACUGCAAUAAACUUGUCUUCUUCAACAAGCUCAAAGUUAAAUUUGGAAAAACAAACAUGACAGAAAAAGCAUGGUCAAAGACAUUGCACGCCUUUAGGUACAUCAACAAAUACCAUCUUUACAGCUUUGAAUGGUUCCUCAAAGUGGAUGACAAGACUUUUGUUUUGGUCGAGAAUCUGAGAAGAUCCUUAGCAACGCAAGACCAUCAGAGUAUAGAAUCCUAUGGUUUUCACUUUAAUUCGUUUGGUUCAAUGCAAAAUGGCACAGGGUUCGUUUUGAGCAGGGAGGCUGUCAGAUUGGUUUCUGAGGCAACUUCCAAUGGUUCCACAAAAUGCAAAGGUCAAGAUGAAAUUGUCAAGGAUGAUGACGCAGAGAUUUACUCAUGUUUACAACGCAUGAAAAUGGACCCGCUGAAUAUUGAAGGAGAAGUCUUGUCCUUCAACAUGGCUAACGCUAGGUUGCCGGAGGUAAAGGGUGCAACGUGGUGGAUGGAUCACUACAAAUACUGGCCCUACCACAAAAAUAAUGACAGUCUUGUUCCGACAAAGAUAAGAAGUGCGUGUUGCCAGCAAAAUAUAUUCGCAUUCCAAGAAGUGGACCCUAACAAAAUGUACCUCCUGGAGUACCUAAUUUAUGACGUGCAAGUUUUUGGGGCGCCUCUCCACGUUGACGGUCUCUUCAAACCUCCUAAACCACCUAUUUCUGCGAUAAAAUUGUCGGAAAAUUCAACCACCGCUUCAAAUAAGUCACUGAUUUCUAAGAAGAAAGAUUAAAUAAUACAGUAUUUAAAAUAUGUCAAAGGACCAAAUAUUUAAUAAAUUGUAAAAAAAAAUACGAUUGUAGCAUUUAAA